AUGUUGCUCGAUAGUAAAGAUCUGUUCUCUGAGUCCUAUUCGCAAGACAUUCUUGGCUUCACACCAGAGGAGAAAUGUGCUUUAAUCAACUCUUUCUGGCCUCACCUGAACCUUUCAGAAGAUACUUACAGCGAAGAGAAAUAUGCAAGCUUGCUAGACUUUUGGGGUCUUACACUGCAGAGCCUGCAUCCCCCUAACUCCAAAUUUGCGACAGAAAAGUGGGGAGGCAUUCUUGCUAUAGUGAGUGAGCUAAGGUCCGAUCGGAAUAGCACGAGAGAAGUGUUGGUCGCUACGAUUGAGAGUCUGUACCUUAAGAACUUCGAAAAUGAGCCUAUCUCGGGCUCCAUUGAGCUUGCAGUCCAGCUUUGGCUGGGGAUACAUCUUCACUCCAAAGAAUCGCCCAAUCUGGUCAAGAACCCGAUGGAUACAUGUGUCCCUUGGGCGGAUGAUCAAUCUCUGGAGAAUGCGAUCGCUACACAGUUCUCUCAGCAUGCGAAAGCAGCACAGUCCGUACAGAAUUGUCCGCUGGACACGUCAUUCACCGCCAUGGGCCUGAAGAAUACGCACCGAUUGAAUCUACUCUGGACCGAUAGCUUGGUGGAUCAUUUGAAGCUUGAAGGGUCCCCUGGAGACCGACGAUUGUUCAUCUACAGACAUAAGACUUGUCUUGUGAACCACCGGAGCGGAUCAACACCACCGAUGAUAUCAGCGGACAUCCUGAACGAAGCCAUUCGAACUCUCGACCUCUUGUUUCCGGUUGGCCACAAGCAGACAAUAGCAUUCCUGAAAGAAUCUGGGGUGCAAAUUCCCCGCGAGCAACUGAAUUGA